GCUGUGCCGAACGUUUGUAAAAGUAUAGUUUUAAAACCAGCUGACGAAUGAACAUUGCCAAGCGCUUGGUCGACGAGCAAUGGUGCGGACAUUUGCGGCUGCGCGAGAUGUGCACGCGCUCCUAAGCUGCUCGAGGCUCGCGGCUGUUCCAUCAGUAGCGGCAGCAGCGGACCGUGGCACCGGAACGGCGGAGGGGGACGGAAAUACCUAUGUAUCCUAUUUUUGUUUGAGUGAAGAUGGUGCCAUUUGAUAGAAUACGACUUUUUGUGGGACGUAACCUAAUUCUAUUUUCCUCCACCUAUUUGGUGGAGAAAUAGAUUAAGGUCCAAUUGAAAUCGAGUUGGGCCGAAGCUCCCGGUUGUUCUUGGGAGUUUGAGGAACAAGAAACGAUUCUCAAUUUCGCCCUGACAUACUGACAGGCAGCCGACGAUUGGAAAUACGACGUCAGCUUGUCUUUUCUUUUUCUUUGUUUUCGAAGCGUUUAUUCCGAGAAACACAAAGGAGACGCUUAUAAAUGUUAUUAGAAGCUCGCUCGAGAUUUUAAAAAUUGUUCUACAACAAGAAAUAUACCGUUAGACUCUGGUGCUAUUGCAGCCACACAAGCAACGCAUCCUAAGAAGCAAGCUAGCAAUGUAACUUUUUUGUUCAAAGAUGACUAACGAGUUCUGAGUUCGCAGUAUUUGUGUGCUUAACGCCAAAUACAUGUUAAACUAUCGUAUUGCGAUCUGAUGCUUUUGAGAGCGUGUUAGCUGAGCGGUGAUACUAGGCUGUCCGCACAGAAACCAGGGAAUCCUCAUACGGCUGAUCUAAGUACGGCAAGAAAAGACUGAAAAUGUCGUUUUUCAAUUUUCGUAAGAUAUUUAAACUCGGGAUGGAGAAGAAGAAAAAACAGUACGAGCAUGUCCACAGAGACUUGAAUCCAGAGGAAGUGUGGGAGAUCAUUGGCGAACUGGGGGACGGCGCAUUUGGAAAAGUCUACAGGGCUCAGAACAAGCACACUGGUGUUUUGGCUGCUGCUAAGGUGAUCGACACCAAGAGCGAGGAAGAGCUGGAGGAUUACAUGGUGGAGAUCGACAUUUUAGCAUCAUGUGAUCAUCACAAUAUCGUGAAACUCCUGGACGCCUUCUAUUAUGAGAACAAACUCUGGAUUCUGAUUGAGUUCUGUGCUGGGGGAGCUGUAGAUGCUGUGAUGUUAGAACUGGAAAGGCCCUUAACUGAACCCCAGAUUCGAGUCGUGUGCAAACAGACCCUCGAAGCCCUCAUUUAUCUCCAUGAGAAUAAAGUCAUUCAUAGGGAUCUGAAGGCUGGAAACAUCCUCCUCACCCUAGACGGAGAUGUCAAAUUAGCUGAUUUUGGUGUGUCUGCCAAAAAUACAAAAACACUACAAAGGAGAGAUUCUUUCAUCGGGACGCCAUACUGGAUGGCUCCGGAAGUAGUGAUGUGUGAGACCUCUAAGGACCGACCGUAUGACUACAAAGCUGACAUCUGGUCCCUCGGUGUCACUUUAAUUGAGCUGGCUCAGAUUGAACCACCGAACCACGAGAUGAAUCCAAUGAGAGUUCUCCUGAAAAUAGCCAAGUCAGAUCCACCUACUCUGAUGCAUCCAUCACGAUGGUCUCCCGAGUUCAGAGAUUUUCUUAAAAAAGCGCUGGAUAAGAACGUGGACAACAGAUGGAGCGCUAUGCAGCUUCUGCAGCAUCCGUUUGUCAGAAGUAUCAAUGACAGCAGACCACUUCGAGAGCUAAUUGCAGAGGCAAAAGCAGAAGUCACUGAGGAGAUUGAAGAAGGUAAAGAUGAAGAGGAGGAGGAAGAAUCAGAGUCACAAUUGUUGGUGCCUGGACACAAGCGAGCUCCAUCAGAUGCUAGCAUUGUCAGUUCUGAAGAUGAAAAACUUUCCCAAUCUGUGUCAAUCAUGGAGUCCGUGUCGGAGAAAGAUAAGUCUGAACAUGGAGAGGAUAAAGCUAGUGACAGACUUUCCGAUGAGGGUAUUGGCAGCAGCGAAGCAGACAAAAUGGAAAAUGAAAAACUGAAUGAGAACAACAUUCUGGACACCAGCAAUGAAGACAUCAACAACAAAGAUGAUAUUCUGGCUGAGCCAGAGGAAGAAAUGUCUGAUGAGAAAACCACAGAGGAGAGUCCAGAUCUGCCUGUCUGUCCAAAUGAAGCUGACAGAAGUACAGAAGAGCCAGAGCAGGCAAUAAAAGAAGAACUACCAGAGGAGGAAAAAGAGUUGGACACAACGGAGAUUUCAGAGGUCCAAGCGGAAGCUGAGAAAGAAGAUGAUUCUACAGCGGUGGAUGAAGAAGUUUUGCCAUCAGUCGAGGCUGAGAAGCCUGAUGAGAUACUCAGCAGUGCGGAAUUGGCAGAGACACCUGAUGAAAGUUCAGAAGAAAUUAAAACCAUGGAAGAGGAGAAGGAGGAAGCAGAGGCAUGUUCUGAGAAGGACGUUAACGAGAAGGAAGGAGAGACUGUGCAAAGAGAUGAAGACAUAGCUACCAGUGAGACCCCACAGGAGCUUGCAGAAGAGAACAGACAAGUAGACGAUGGUUCUCCACCUUCUACUGAAGAAGCCUCGUUGGUCAGUGCUGUUCCUGGGACUCAGAAUGACGUUGCGGAGGAGAAGCCACCCCCUGCAGAGCUUUUAAAGGAAAAUAAAGAGGAAGAAUGCUUGAAGGUGAACAUAGCUGACAAUGACGCUGAUGUUGACCUUGAGAAGGAAACGGCUCCAGCAAUUAAACUUGAUGCUGAAAAGGUCAAAGAGAAGGACACUGACUCUGGAAGCAGCUCUACAGCUGACAACAGCAGCAUCGACCUGAACCUUUCCCUGUCCAGCUUCCUGACUAAGAACAAAGAGUCGGGCUCCGUAUCCAUUCAGGAUACGAAGCGACAAAAGAAGACACUAAAGAAAACUCGAAAGUUUAUAGUCGAUGGAGUUGAAGUCAAAGUCACGACAUCAAAAAUUGUUACUGACAAUGACACCAAAAAUGAAGAAAUGAGAUUCCUCAGGCGUCAGGAGCUGCGCGAGCUGCGACUGCUGCAGAAAGAGGAGCAGAGGUCCCAGCAGCAGCUGAGCAACAAGCUGCAACAGCAACGGGAGCAAAUCUAUCGUCGUUUUGAGCAGGAGAUGAUGGGCAAGAAGCGGCAAUAUGACCAGGAGAUCGAGAACAUGGAGAGGCAGCAGAAGCAGACCAUCGAGCGGCUGGAGCAAGACCACACGAGUCACCUUAGAGAGGAGGCCAAGCGCAUAAAAGCCGAUCAGGACAAAGAGCUGUCCAAGUUUCAAAACAUGCUGAAGAACCGGAGGAAAGAGGGAGUGGCCCAAGUUAUGAUACAGUCUUUUCAGUUGUCCUCAUGUACGCUCUUCAACGCUCAGAUGCAGGACGAGCAGGAGUUCCUGCAGAGGCAGCAGCAGGAGCUUGACUGCGCCCUGAAGAAGAUCAUUCAUCAGCACAAGAAUGAGCUGGCCGCCAUUGAGAAGGAGUGCCUGAACCACAAACAGCAGCUCAUGAGAGCUCGGGAGGCGGCCAUGUGGGAGCUGGAAGAGCGCCACCUGCAGGAAAAGCACCAGCUUCUUAAGCAGCAGCUCAAAGAUCAGUACUUCAUGCAGAGGCAUCAGCUGCUCAAAAGGCAUGAAAAGGAGAUGGAACAGAUGCAGAGGUACAAUCAGAGGCUGAUUGAGGAAAUGAAGAACAGGCAAACACAGGAAAGGGCUAGACUGCCCAAGAUUCAGCGUAGUGAUGCCAAGACACGCAUGGCCAUGUUCAAGAAGAGCCUGCGUAUUACGUCUGCUGGAGACACCCCAGAGCAGGAGAGGGAGAAGGUCAAGCAGUUUGCCGCCCAGGAGGACAAACGUCAGAAGAGCGAGAGGCUCCAUCAGCACCAGAAACAUGAGAACCAGAUGAGAGACCUGCAGCUGCAGUGUGACGCCAACGUGCGGGAGCUGCAGCAGCUUCAGAAUGAGAAGUGUCAUCUUUUGAUUGAGCACGAGACCCAAAAGCUGAAGGAACUUGAUGAAGAACACAGCCAGGAGCUGAAGGAGUGGAGAGAGAAACUGCGUCCCAGAAAGAAGGCUCUUGAGGAGGAAUUUGCCCGCAGGGUACAGGAACAGGAAGUGUUUUUCAAGAUGAGUGGGGAGUCCGAAUGCCUUAACCCAACAGCCCAGAGCCGAAUCUCUAAGUUCUACCCCAUCCCAAGCGUGCACUCUACUGGAUUCUAAGCCUGUUGUUUCUUUGCCCCUUACUAGCCUGACAUGGCUUUGCUGAAUCCCCCAUUCCUCUGCUUCUCAGCUCCACUAACGACAAUCAGUGUAAAUUCUGCAACACUUAAAUGCUUAUCGCUCCUUACAGAUGCUGGAACUGGAUCGAACGGUCCAAAGACACCAAAUACAGUUUACGAAGGAUGGAAUUAAUGAAGUGAAUAUUUAAUUUUCCCAUUAAAAAUCGACCCUUUUAUUUAGCUGCUAGCUUUAAUUUCGCAAGAAAAAUCCUCAUAAAUCUUAUGGAGUUUUUAAUUGUCUGUCCGUUUAGAGGCAUUACUGCAGAUAUUUUCUGAAAAGUAUUCAAUUCGCAUUUUUUGUUUAAAACUUUCCAGUACAGCACAGGCUUUUUCCUGUUAUUUUUGAUGUGAUUUAAAAAAUAUUGUGCCUAAAUUAAUAGUUUGGCCUUUCUUGUUCUAAGAUUUUUUUUUUUUGCACUAAAAGAAGCUACAUAUUUGUGUACUUCUGCACAGGUCAAGUUAAAACGCCGCGAAAUCCCAGAAAACAAAUCUUCCUAAUAUAAGAAUACAAACUUUUGAUUUGAUUGAUGUGGCGGUUGCUUGAAUUAGACUAUAAAAUAUUUUGCAAUGAGACACAAUGCACUUUGAAAGGCAUGUAUUUAUUGUGCAACUGAAAUAUCACUACAUCAAUGGAUAAAGGUAAAACGAGGCUGAAAAGUGCUAUUUGCAUGACUGAAUAUAUACUUUUAAUUACCUUAAUUGGGUAUUUGUACGUCGUUGGUAUAUCUUUUGAAGUUGCACAUAAUGGUUUCGUAAUUGUGUGUGUGCGUGCGCACGUUGUGUGCGCGUUCAUACACUGGUGCGUGUGUAUGUGUUGUUUUAAUGAGCGAAAGCAACAAGGCCCCCCCCCCCCCGUUAUGUAUUAUAUUGAUCUUAAGAGAAUGAGUUUCAAGGGCAAACGGUUUAUUGCAUACAUUUUAGUAAGGUGUAGUUUAGCAAGGUAAGGUUCUAUGGUGUAGCUGAAGUGAGAAUAAGCUGUGAGAUUAUUUUUGAUGUCUGUCUUGAACUGGGUUGGCCGCCCAACAUGUUUUUCUGGAUUAUUUUGGGCCACCAGUACGUAUCAUUAAGAUACUGUUCCCCAGCUCUAUUUUGAUAUGGUAAAACAAAAUGAAGUUACUGAAGUAAUGCAGAGUUAUGUACUUGCUAUUUUACUAUAAUUAGGGGAUAGCCUUUUUUUUUUUUUUUCAUUGGAAGAUGUAUAGAAGUCCCUCUUUAAAGUGUAAAUGUCGAUACAUCAGUGAAUCAUUUAAUUGAUUUUUUUAUAUAUAUAUAUAUAUAAUUUUAAGAUUUAAUUUGAAUAGAUGUCUUAUUUAUGAUAUUUUGCAUUGACCAUAGAGAGUCCAUUUUAUUUAGAUGCUAAUCUAUGACUUUUAUGUUUGAGGUGCAUUGAAUGCUGGAUACAUUGUUUUCAUUUUUUCUUUAUGGCUAUGCAUUAUUACAAGUGAUAAUCUGAGUCGUAAUCUCCAUUGCUGUUCCAAUAUAUAAACAGUAACUAUUUUUUUAAUUCACUUCUGAAGUGAUCAUGUAGACAAAAAUAUCAAGGAUUCAUUGAAGUAUUGUUAUAGAUGAGAAUAAUUCUAUAUUUAGUUUCUCUUCUUGUGAAAACGUAAAUGAUGUCUGGCAGUAACAGUCUGUUGGUGCAUGUUUUGUUUUGGUCUGUAAAAGUUGUUCCCAGUCAUAUUCCUGGAGAAUUGAUCGAUGUUCUGCAUCUAUUAUUUGCUGCAUUUGUCUAACUCUUCAUUUAGCUGUUACUUGAAUUCUACUUAAUGUUCAGCCUCUUUUUUUCUAAGAUUUAUUUGUUUGUACUGAAUAAAAGAGCAAAAAGUUGAUUUUUCUUUAGUUUUUUUUUUUUUUUUGCACCUAGACAUAGUUUACAUAUUUUUGAACAUUUCAUUGAUUUAAUCCCUUUUUAAGUAAGCUAGGAUCUGUUAAAUAUGAAAUGCUUUUUAUGAUGAAAGCUGAUUUAUAAUAAACAAUGUAAAAAGCCGAUCAAAUUAGGUUUGGUUUGGUAUCUGUACUGUAUCCAUCAAUGUGCAAGGGGUGGACAAAAUUCAGAGAACAGAAGUGCCUAACAUUAUACUAACAGAGGAAUUAAGAAGUGAGGUCACCCUUGGCCGAAUUAAAUCCUCUUUAAUUCUGUCAAGCUGAAGUCCUGUAUUGUAUAGUGGAAAUUAAAGCCCCCAGUUCUUUUAGGUCCGAAGGGAGUGAAAACCCGUUUCACACUUUACACUCAAGAACUUAUCAGAAAAGUUACAUGUUGCGUACAAUGAUAGUUACAUGUUUUGAUUUGGGUCUAGAAAGGUGUUUGACUUUAUCCUAAUGUUCACAAGAUCAUCUUUAAUUUGUUUAGCAGAGCGUACCGAGGCAUUGUCAUCUCGGAAAAUGGGAACACUGUGAGGGAAUAUGAAGCUGAUGAAUGAAGCAGAGUUGUACCUGAGACUGGGUCACCUAACUGCUGAUUAUUUUCUGUUGUGAUUUUUGAAGCUGUAUUUUUGUGGUGCCUGUUAAUCCCUGUCUGUGAGCUUCGACUUGCUACCGCUCUUCUUGCUGAUACAGUACGUCCAUGUUCGAUAGAUCCUGCCGUCUUGAGAUUUUCCCCAUGUGUAAUUUUUUUAAACGGCCUUUUCAGGAUUUUGUGAUUGACGUACCCACAAUGUGAGCACUAACAAUGUGGCUUCACUGGAAUUUAGUUAGCGGCUAUGAAAAGUCAUAUAUCAAAGUCCUGAAUGUGUAUCAGCUAGAUAGAUUUCAAUCUGCUAAUCGGCAUUAUGGCUAAUAUGAUUCACCUUUAAAGUAGUUUUACUUUUCAUUUGUUGACAUCUUUUUUGAUAUUAUUUUGUCCACCCCUUGUAUGCUGUAACUGUCAGAAUUAAAUAAAAUGUCUGGAACAAAAACCAUUAAAGGAUAUUCUGAAUCCUAAGGCUUGCGACUAUGAAAUAAAUAAAAUAAUUCCGUCAUAGGCAGACAGGUCUUUGCUUUUCUGCUUUAUUGGCAAUGCUCCCAGUGCAUGGGGGUCACAUUAUUACAAAAACUAAAACUCACAGUAAAAUAGAAACUGACUGUUAAUAGAUGAAUGUAUGGCAACCUUUGAUCAUUAAUGGUUAUUUGUACAGUUUUGCAAAUUUACAAGGAUGUCAAGAAACACUGUUGAUUAAAAAAACUUAUAGAGCAGGCCAUUUACAUUGAAAAUGUGCUGUAAAUAAAGUGACUAUACAUGUGA